AUGCCACUGCUUCGUCGUACCAUGUCUACUGAUGCAAAGGUCCGUCGAAGGGCAUACAUUGCUCUUGGCAGCAAUGUAGGCGACAGGCUUGACAUGAUUGAGAAAGCAUGUCUGGCGCUCGACCAGCACCCAGACAUCAAAAUUACCCGAACAAGUUCGCUCUACGAGACCGAGCCCAUGUACGUCGAGGACCAGGCUUGCUUUCUGAACGGCGCCUGCGAGGUUGGAGCUUUCUUCACAUCGCUUGUUGAGAUGACGACUGACUUUCGAGGACAGGUAGAAACCACACUAGAGCCAAUGCCUCUACUGGAUAGGUUGCAGGCCAUCGAGAACGAGCUAGGACGUGUCAAGCUCAUCGACAAGGGACCCCGAAGCAUCGACCUCGAUAUUCUGUUGUACGAAGAUCAAGUGAUUGAUACCGAUCGCCUGAAGGUACCGCAUAUCCUAAUGCUCGAGAGAGAGUUUGUGCUUCGUCCUCUGUGCGACAUUAUUCCAGAUACGACACCUCCAAUCGGUCAAACACAAGUGCCUCUUUCGGAGAGUUUGCGAAAACUGGCAUCUUCUCCUUCCACCCCCAUUUCAACCACAACGAGUAUGGGAGAGAACACGUUUUCCAUUCGCGCUCUGGAGAAUACACGUCCCACGCACGUCAUGUCCAUUCUCAACACCACUCCUGACUCAUUCUCGGAUGGAGGUCUCAAUUCACCAACAGACGAACUGGCGCUCCGAACGACGAUUGCAUCUCAUAUCCGUGCUGGUGCUACAUUCAUCGAUAUAGGCGGACAAUCGUCCCGCCCCAAUGCUCCGGACGUGACGGCGGCGGAAGAGAUCCAGCGCGUCCUGCCUGCCAUCAAGGUCAUCAAAUCUCUGCCAGAAGGGUCCAACACUUGCAUCAGCAUCGACACGUAUCGUGCAACAGUGGCUGAGGCAGCUAUCAAGGCUGGAGCACAUAUUAUCAAUGACAUUUCUGGGGGUCUACUUGACGCCGACAUGCUCCCUACAGUUGGCCGCAUGGGCUGCACCGUGUGCUUGAUGCACAUGAGGGGUACCCCGGCGACAAUGACCAGUGCAGAAAACUGUUCGUAUCCUGAUGGUCUAAUCCCUACGAUAGCCAGAGAACUCCUGGAUCGUGUCAAAGCUGCGGAAGAAGCUGGCAUUCGUCGUUGGCGCAUAGUGCUCGACCCGGGAAUUGGAUUUGCCAAGACGACCGAACAAAAUCUGGAAAUCCUCAGACGUAUGGGUGAACUCAGAACGUGGCCUGGUUUGGCCGGUCUCCCAUGGCUCUUGGGCAGCAGCAGAAAGGGCUUCAUCGGCAAGAUUACUGGAGUCAAGGACGCAAAAGAGCGCACAUGGGGCACGGCGGCGACGGUGGCAGCAGCUGUUCAAGGUGGAGCAGACAUAGUGCGUGUGCAUGAUGUGGACGAGAUGAUCAAAGUGACCAAGAUGUCGGACGCGAUUUGGAGGACAUGA